UCUUCGUCGUAGAGACUAUUCAUUGAAAUAGUUCUUUAUGUUUCUUAUAAACUACAAGCCUGUACCCUUUGUGCGUUUUUGUAGAUAAUUUAAAUGCCCGCCUCUCCCCCCUAUCAAAAUUUUGAAUACACAAAAGUCAGAUUUUUCUAUCCCCUUCUUCCUUGUUCUUUUCUUUCUUUCGACAUGUUUCUUUUACGUACGAAGGCACCUUUACUUAAAGCAGCCCGUACAAGCAUUCAACGGUUGCACCCUGUUGUUCGUCAAACCGCUGUGCAAGGAUCAAGUUAUGUGACUGGAAAGUUUAUCUUGACACAUGCUCCCUAUACCACUGCCGCCACCACUCAAGACGAUAACGAGGUUUCAUAAGGCAACCAAGAACGAAGAAGUAGUGACUGGCGAGGCACAAGUUCAUGAAUUCAAGACAGAGACAAAACGAUUAUUGGAUAUUGUCGCCAAUUCGCUUUAUUCAGAGAAAGAAAUCUUUGUUCGUGAGCUUAUUUCUAAUGCAGCCGAUGCCCUGGAAAAGUUAAGACAGACACAAUCCGUUCAACCUGAUAUCGACACUGGAAAACCACUGGAGAUCCGAAUUGAAUUGGAUAGAGAAAAGAAUCAGUUUGUCAUCCAGGAUUUCGGUAUUGGUAUGACCUUGGACGAGUUGAAUGCAAAUUUGGGUACAAUUGCCAGUUCUGGUUCAAAGAAGUUUAUGGAAAAGAUGGAACAGUCUGAAAAGAACACCUCUAUUAUCGGACAGUUUGGUGUUGGUUUCUAUUCUACUUUCAUGGUGGGCAAGAGGAUCCGUGUUUACACCAAAUCUGCUUUGCCUGGCUCAAAGGGUUACUGUUGGGAAACCGAUGGUCAAGGUUCUUAUUCAGUUGCCGAAGCAGACAAUGUUGCUGUCGGUACAAAGAUUGUUAUUGAUCUUCGCGAAGAUUCAAAAUAUUAUUCAUCACAGUUGGAAGUGGAUUCCAUCAUCAAGAAAUACUCCAACUUUGUUGGAUUCCCCAUCUAUUUGAACGGAAAGGAAGUGAACACAGUUGAGGCCAUCUGGACAAAAGACCGUAACAGUGUCACCCCCGAGCAACAUAAGCAGUUUUAUCGUUUCAUCGCCAACGCCUGGGAUGAUCCUCAGUAUACAUUGCACUUCAAGACUGAUUCUCCACUCUCAAUCUCUUCUGUCCUAUACAUUCCAGAAAAGCACAUGGAGCUCUUGGGUGAGCAAGUUGAGCCUGGUGUCUCUCUUUACUCUCGUAAAGUCCUAAUCCAGGCCAAGUCUGCCGGCUUGCUUCCCAAGUAUCUUCGUUUCCUUAAAGGUGUUGUGGACUCCGAGGAUAUUCCACUCAACGUAUCUCGUGAGUUAUUACAAGACAAUAUCUUAUCUCGCUUACGUAUGGUCAUGACUUCACGCAUUCUUAAAUGGCUCGAUACCGAAGCCAAGAAGGACCCCAAAAAAUACGAUGAGUUCUUUUUGGAUUACGGACAAUUCAUUAAAGAAGGCGCUUGUACCGACGCCAUGCAUAAGAGAGAGAUUGCGAAACUCCUUCGAUUUGAAAGUUCAACUUCAAAGCCUGGAGACACAAUGAUCAGCUUAGAAGAAUACACCAAGCGUGCAAAGGAGGGUCAGAAACGCAUCUAUUAUUUGCUGACGCCUAAACGUAAAUACGCAGAAGAAAGCCCAUAUACAGAGGUGUUUAAAAAGAACGGUGUUGAAUUGCUUUACUUGUAUGAUACCGUCGAUGAGUUUGUCGUGAACCAUUUGAAGGAAUUCCAGGGCUACGAUCUCAUCUCGGCUGACUCCCCCGAAGCAGCCUCCGAUCCACUUUUACAGCAACACAAGGAGGAUAAAGAUAAGAGCUUGUCUGAUGAUGAUGCAAAGACUCUUGCAAAAUGGAUUGAACAAACUCUUGGAGAUGAGGUUGUCAAGGGUGUCAAUGUGUCUCGAAGAUUGAAUACUUUCCCUGCUAUCGUACUUGAACAUGAAAGCCCCGCCAUGAGAAAGAUGAUGCAAAUGAUGCAAGGUUCUGCCAAGAUGGAAGAACUUCCUCCAACACCUACUUUAUUAGAAAUUAAUCCUGAUCAUCCUGUCAUGAAGGGUAUCUUUGGCAUGCGUCAAACAAACCCAGAAUUGGCUAAAUUAGUAACCGAACAGAUCUAUGACAAUGCCCUAUGUGCCGCUGGUGUCCUGGAUGACCCAAGAUCAAUGAUUACAAGAUUAAACAAGUUAUUAGAAAUUACAGUCAAUACAUCUGCCAUAGAACAAGACAAGAAAGUAAAAGCAUAAAGAUUGCAUUUUGUAUAGAAAAAUAAAGUUAUUGUCUUCUUUUAUUGCUUGGCUUUCAUGGAAAGCGAUCGAAAACGAAAGAACCUGUAAAAAU